AUGCGCUUCCUGUGUCUACAUGGUGCUAGCACCAAUUCCGAGAUCUUCCAAAUCCAAACGGGCGGUCUACGCCAACCCCUCGAACUAAAAGGUCAUCGAUUCACCUUUAUCAACGGCAAUCUCCCCUCCGGCGUUGAAGAGGGCCUCGAAGGCGUCGUCGACGGCCCCUUCUACAACCACUACCCACGCGACCCCGCCCUACCAAGCGCCCAUCUCGCCGAAGCAUUCGAGCACGUCCAACGCACCCUCGACACGGACGGCCCCUUCGACGCAGUAAUGGGCUUCUCCCAAGGCGCCGCCCUCGCAGCAGCGCUAAUCGCACACCACGCCAAGACAAACCCAACCGCACCGCCUCUUUUCCGCGCCGCCGUCUUUCUAUGCGGUGGGUCGCCGUGGGAUAGCUCGGGCAUGGUGCGUAUUGCGCCACAGCCGGAUACGUGGCCGAUUAAUAUCCCCACGGCGCAUGUGGUGGGAAAGUUGGAUCCGUUGUAUCCGGAGAGUAUGAAGUUGUUUGCGAUGUGUGAGCCGUCCAAGGCGGCGUUUUGGGAUACGGGGUCUAAGCAUAUGGUGCCGUUUGAUCAGAAGAAUACCGAGGAGAUGGUGCGGGUUAUUGAGGAGACGGUUGCGAAGGCGAUGAGGGGUUAA